AUGACAAACAAGCGGUGUGAAGUCCUCCUGGGUAGUGGAAACUACUUCCACUGGGAGUAUAACAUGCGCAUGACGUUGGCGCGCAAGGGGCUGCUGGUGCACGUUCAAGUCAUCAAGAAAGAAGAAGAGAUGACGGAUGCCUGGCUGUUCAACGACGCUAAGGCACUGGGUAUCAUCGCUCAAGGCAUAGAGCUACAGCACCAGACCAAGAUACGAUCGGCGACGACAGCUAUGCACGCGUGGGUCAUCUUGCGGGACUUCUACAACCGCACCACGCUCCACAAUCGUGUCGAGAUGACACGUCGUCUGCAUGAGUUCAAGAUGGAGAAUGGUUCGACCAUGUCGAAGCACUUGGAUGCCUUUGAAGAGCUUGUUGUCGGCCUCCAGACACUUGGAGAGCCAGUCGAUGACUCUCGGCAGCUAGUGGUGCUGCUUAGUAGUCUUCCGACGGACUAUGAGCUCAUCUCGUCAAUUGUAGAGAAUUCCAAGGACAUUACGCUCAUCGAGGUCAAGGAAAAGCUGCUCAAGGAGCAUGAACGAUUGCAGAGGAAGGAGACUACGGAGAAGGCGUUUCCUGUAAGCAGCAACGGUAGACGGUUCAAGGGAGGCCAAGGUAACGGCCGCAAGGGAAACUAUCUACGGAAAACCAACACCGGAAUUAAAGGCAAGUGCUUUAAGUGUGGUCAAGUCGGACACUAUAAGCGGGACUGCCUGAAGCGUAGCAAUGGCGAGGAAGAAGGUGCUGUGUUUGCUGCUGGUGAGUUGCAAUGCGAAGAAUGGCUUAUCGACAGCGGGGCUACGUCGCACAUGACACCACAUCGGAGCGGUAUAUUUGAGUACAAGGAGUUGAAGACUGGUCAACAAGUCUCUAUCGCUGAUGGCAAGAAGCUGCAGGUAGCUGGAGUGGGAACAGUCAAGCUGAAAAGUCUAGACGGUCGACGGAUAAUGAUGGUCGAGGUCAUGCACAUACCAGGACUUGACAAACGAUUGCUGUCCGUUGGCAAACUGGCAGGACGAGGCAUGAGGGUGGAGUUUCAAAGCUCGUCCUGCAUCAUUUGGAGUGCCAAGCGCGCGAUUGCAAGCGGCAAGAAGAUUGGCAAGGCGUACUUCCUGGAUUGCGAACAAGAAGAAGCCCGGCUUGUAGAAUACGCAGGGGCUGAAAGUGAGUGGGAGCUUUGGCACGCUCACUUGGGACACCCCGGAAGAUCUGGUAUGGACAAGACACAGCGCGCUACGAGUGGUAUGCCGGCGGUAAAGCAGGGCAUCGAGAAGCUGUGCAGUGGAUGCAUGAAGGGCAAGCUGACGAUCGAUACAUUCCCGUCUCAAUCGCUAACAAGGACGUCACGUGUGUUGGAACUAGUACACACGGACGUGAUGGGACCGAUGAAGACGGUCUCAAAGGGUGGUGCACGAUUCGUAUUGACAUUCGUAGACGACUACUCAAGAUUUGUGGCAGCGUACUUCAUGAAGCACAAGAGUGAGGUGGCCGCAAGGCUUAGCGAGUUCAAGGCUUUCUAUGAGAAUCAAUGGGGCAAGCACUUGAAGUGUAUACGGUCGGAUAACGGGACGGAGUUUGUCAACAAGAAGAUUGCCCAUAUAUGCGCCCGUAAUGGUAUCAUGCACCAGCGGACAGUACCAUAUAGUCCGCAACAGAACGGCGUUGCGGAACGCAUGAAUCGCACUAUCAUGGAGAAGGCAAGGAGCAUGCUGUACUACAAGGGUAUCGACAUGCAGUGGUGGGCAGAGGCGGUCAGUACGGCUGUGUACUUGAUCAACAGAUCCACAAACUCUGCAAAUUCGGACGUAACACCGUUCGAGGUUGGUUUCAAGAUGAAGCCGAGUAUUGAGCAUUUGCGUGUGUUUGGAUCGCAAGGGUAUGCUCACAUUGACGACGCCAAGAGGACGAAGCUCGAACCAAAGAGUUACCGGUGUAUGUUCCUCGGAUAUGCGGAGAACACCAAGGGAUACAGGGUGUUCAAUCUGGAAAGGUCGAAGGUUGUCAUAUCGCGCUCCGUAAAGCUGGACGAGCGGGAAGUUGAAGGCAUAUACGACACGGUGGUACCAGAUAAAGUACCAGUCGUCAAGUAUAUUAGGGACACUGAUGAAGCAGUGAUUCCGGUGGUUCGUCCGUAUGAUGGAGACGAGACGAUGGAAGAUGUCGAAGAAAGCGCUCCUGAUGUCGAGAUGGACGAGAUAGAAUCGGCUCCAUUCGAAACAGGUAUCAUCAUACCUCAAGUACUCGAUCCAGAAACUCAAGAACCAAGAGGCGAUGAGAUAACGGGAUAUCAAGCUCCGAGACAAGCUUUUCAGGAGGACAGGUUGGUAUUUCAGCCGGAGAUAAAUCGGACAAGACGCUCACGAGACAGAAUGCUGCUGCUUGAGAAUGGGAAUAGCAGUGAAGACACGUCAGAAGGUAGCGAUGAACCACCUUCUCCAAAGCGUGCAAGAAUUGAUGACGAAGGUCUCAUUGCAGAGGCUGUAUUAGCCUAUGCUGCAAGCGUUGGCGAGGCGGACGACGCUCCAUCAACAUACAGCCAAGCGUUAAAAGGCGAAGACAACAGCAAGUGGAUUCCAAGCGGAGCUCAAGGCGCACGCCGAUAA